UUGAUCUUAAAACUCUCAAGUUUAACAAAGUUACUUCUGAUACCCAUACAAUUUUAACUAUUUUCUUGGUCGAUAGCGCUACUAAAUGCAAAUUGAAUGUCCGAGGUUCGUGCAGAUUGAAUUAGUUCCGCAGUUACCUAGAUGCAUGCAAACAGAGAGGAUCGAAGCAUGAUUUUACUGCUUUUUGCAGCAAUUAUUCCCAUCGGCUUCGUCACAGCCAACAAAUGGAGCUUCUAUGAGCAGAACGAAGGCCAGCCGCUCGGCUCCUUGCUGACCCAAUUGAUAUCCUUGCACCACCAGAGGCGGCCGAUGAGAUGUGUAUCCCUUAUGACAGACCCCUACUAUUCAAAUCGAUUUUCUGCGGCCAAAUUAAAUGAGGACGCCCCGCUCAUUCUGGACGACAUCCAAUUCGAGCAUAAGUCUCUAAGGAAUUCCACCAUAUUUGCUGCGCUGAAAAAGGUCACAGCAGCCGAUUGUGGCAUGAUUGCACUUUUCUUCCGAAAUGAGCAGAAACUCGCAAGAGCACUGCGAAUCUCUGACAGGAAACGACUUAUCAAAUCUAAAGCCCGGUUGAUUCUGCCCUUUGACGUUCGACUCUUCUAUCCAAAAAUGCACAAUUUCUGGCGACGCUUUCUCAACGUUAUUUUUCUGCGGGACUUGUCGACAAAACCAAAACGACGGGACGGCUUAGCGCAAAACAGAAGUGCAGCAAUACCUGAUGCAAGCGUGCAGAAGUGCUUUGAACUGAGCACGGUAUCCUUUCCAGUACCUGUAGACCCUGAUCACCCUGAGACCUGGCUGUCGCCGCCGAUCGCCACAUGGUCGUGCGCUUUUCUAUUUUUGCGUGUGCACCUACGAACGUGCAGGUGCCCUGGAAGGUACUACGGCAAGAAGAGGGACUUGUUUUUUGUUAAAAAUAAAAAUCUGGACGGGCAGAUCCUGAGAGCGGUAUAUUUUGAAUUGUCACCGGCGGUGAUCAAAGCAGAGCAGAAAAGCGGAGGAAAUUUGCAGGGUGUCGAAAUUGGGAUCCUGGGUCUGAUGAGCAAGACACUGAAUUUUUCGCCUCUUCUGGUGGAAAUAUCCAACAUGAGCUCAGGCGCAAUCGCUGCCCUGACCUCAGGGUACACAGAUGUCGCUCUGGGAAACUUCGCAUACGUGUCCUCGACUGAAAAGAGCACCGACCUGAGUGCCCCGUACGCUACAUACUGCUACACCUUCAUCACCCCGGAGCUGAUCGGCGACGUGUCGUGGCGGGCGCUGCUCUUGCCAUUUGACCGCGACUUAUGGGCGGCUGCAGCUCUGGCGCUCGUGUUCGGGUGGCUCUCAAUGCACCUGACAGCCAGGUUGCAGAAAAAGGAGCGCGGCGACGAGUUGAGGCUACUGCUUCCAAGUGUACUCUCUACCCUGAGUAUGCAGUUGAUGGUGCCCUUGCCCAGGGCACCUCAAGGGUGGCCGCUACGGCUGCUUUUCUGCAGCUUCUGGCUGCACUGUUUGCUGCUCUCCGUCUCGUACAGGGCCAGUUUCGCGUCGCAGUUGGCCAAGCCGCCGCCCAGGAUCGCGAUAGACACCGUCGACAAGUUAGCCGAGACAAAGUAUUUGCGGCUCAUCACUUAUGACAACUUUGCAGCAGAAAUUUUCAAUUCAUCCUCGGAUAAAAGCGGAGCCAUUGUUGCAGAACGAAUGGAAACGGUGCUGAUGGACCCGGCUGAAAUUGUCAGUCUGAUUAAAUUGGGAAAAGUGGCAUUUUUCGGAAACGUCUAUUUGCUCAACAGCCUAAAGACACUCUCUGAAAAAAUGGAAGUCGGUAAAUAUAGCGUGCACGUGAACGAGGAGUGCGUCAUUUCACUGCCGGUGUCGAUAGGCUUAGCACGGAAUUCGGCCCUCACGCCUCAAGUGGACAAAAUCGUUAAGCGGGCAGUGGAGAAUGGAUUGGUCACAAAGUGGCUGCAGGAGAGCGAGUACAAAAGUGUGCCAUCGACUGGAGCGCAACAGGCAGUGGUGGACUUGCCCAAGAUGAUCAGCAUCUUUGCAGCUCUCGGUUGCGGAUUGUGCAUUUCGUUUAUCGCUUUCGUCAGCGAAAUCAUCUUUGCGAGGGCGAAGAAAAGAAAAAUUAAUGCGUGAUAAUUUUCUUUAUUUUUAGAGUAUUUUAAUUAUUGUUGUUGCCUUAGCUACAAAGGGAUUAUCACAUGUUCGUUUGGAGAUAAAUUGUUGAAGAAAUACAGAGAUUGAUUUUCUUGUAGAGAUUAGUAUGUGAAACAAGAGAAUC